GUGUAAACAACGCAGUGCUCAAGUUAAGUUCGUUUAGAAGCAAAAUUGUAAAAAUAACAGAAAAAGCCGAUACAAGCAAAAAGCAUUACUAAAAUGUACUCUUUAAGAGCAUUUAUUAUCACAUUUAGCUUGUUAUCGACGUUUUGUGAAUUAAGUCAAUCUUUGGAAAUCUUCUUUGCCCGCGAUCUACCUCUGACCAUACGUUUGUGUUGUCGGCCAAGUGAAUUUUUCAAUGUCACAUCUAAUGAGUGCGAAACGAUUCCCAAUGAUUUUCAUAACACAACGUGGGAAAUAUCAAAUUUUUGGUCUGAUGGUAAUGCAACCAAAGUGAAUCUGCUACAAGAUCUGACUCCAGAAGUCGUCGCAGUGAAUUGCCAAGAACCCUAUGUGUAUGGGUUUUUUGAAUACAGUAAUGACUCGGAUUAUUGCUACACUCCCCACUAUCAUAUGCAGCUCCAGAAAUAUAUUAUUGCCACAAUAGAUUGUGCUUCUCUGAUUCAUGUGUAUAGUUAUAUAUACGAUUCUUAUCUGUUUGGUAUUGGAUUUUCUUCACUCUUCCUGCUAUUAACCAUUGUGAUAUAUGGAAUAUUUAAAGAAUUAAGGCAUACUCUAAACUGGAAACUAUUUAUUUUUAAUUUUGUAUCAUGGAUUUUAGCACAUACAUUUGUUAUCCUUAGUGUUCGAUUGAUGUGUGUAGAAUUGGUUUUAUAUGCCUUGAUAUUUUUCAUUUCAUCCCGCCUCUGGCUGAGUGUUAUCGGCUAUGACACAUGGUUAAUAUACGUAUCGAAUUUCAGAGAAUAUGAUCUGAAGGAAUUGGAUAGAAAACGUUUACUGGUCUACACUAUGUGUGUGUGGGGUGUAGCCAUAUUGGCUAGUUUUUCAUCGUGGUUUCUAAGAGGUUCCACACCCAUGGAUAACUGGGUUUCCCUCAUACCUAUUGAAUUCAUUUUAUGCAUGGCAUUGAUGAGUUUUGCUUAUUUUGUCUAUGAAUUGUUUUCUAUAAGAAAGAGCGUGCGAAAUACAAGAGCAGGAAAACAUUUCAUUAGAAAUAGCAUAUCGACCAUAUUGUUUUUGAUUUAUAUGAGUAUUCUUCCCUGGGUUAUAAUGCUAUUGUGGCUUUUAAAUAAAAACGAUAUUUCAAUGGCCAUCACGUUCUAUAUCUACUUGAUUAUUGAAGGUCCCAUUAUAUUCGCCAUUUAUGUUCCUGUGCGAAAACUGCGAUAUCUGUGGAAGAACAGAAAGCCUGGUCGUAAUAGUCUAUGGUUGGAGACGAAUAUAUUGAAGGGUUCUAAAAGCACGUACGUCUAAGGCAAUGAUGGGUACACCAACACAGUUGAAAAGACAAAAUUGUGUUUGUAUGAAGGGCCGAAGGAAACCCGAUCCAUCGAUAAAGUGAAAAAGAUUUGUGAAAAAGACAUCAAUGCGUCAACCGAACGAAGCCACACGGAGUUUCUUACACUUGGCGCCCAUCUACGUUCAAAAGCAAUAAACUGAAUUGAAACUCUCAUUUAUUAAAGACUCUCAUAUUUAUAUCAUAUUUUUAAAGUGAUUUAUAUAAUUAAGCUUAAUUCUUAUGAAUUUAUUUAUUUAAUAAAAAAUAUACAGGACAUGUAAAACAUGCUGAAC